CGCUGAUAGCGGUGCAUUCACUCGAUAUGAGAGCAAAUGUAGCAAAAUGUACAUGUCGAUUAUCCCAGCAGUCACCGCAUUAAAAGUGGAAAAUAGAAGUGGUUCGUGAAGAUUGUAGAGAAAUUCCUUGUUUUUUGGUGGGGCAAUAUUAGAGGUUACCUUUAAGGGAUUACCAUGUUGGUUCUUAAGGAUGAGCAACUGAAGCAGUUGUUGCCGCUGCUGGAAGCGGAUUUGCCGCGCUCGUUGCCGGUUUUCCAUCUUCUUCGCAAUAACCUUCGGGGCCGAUUCGCCUGGCCUGGUUUGGAAUUCGUAGUUGACGAUUUUCCCAAUGUUUCGGUUUGCAUUUGCCGCCCGGAACACGAAGGCGGGAAAUACGUACCCAUCGUGAACGGCUACUCCGUUUUUAUCUACUCCCGAAAUCCCGAAGCACUCAAGAAAAUGCUAUUUGAACAGCGUGCUGUGGACUGGUCCAAACCGAUCAUAUUUCUUCAUGCACCGGAACCCGAGCAUCUUUUGCUACUGGAAGAAGGCAAAAAUUUCCCCGAAGGUCGUUUUGAUCAGGUGCAUUUUCGGCGCGAUUUUCCGGAAGGCGCGUUUGCAUACCUUUUCGACUUACCCAAUCUAGAUCUUACUUACACCCUUCCGGAUGGCUACCACAUGGGUCCUCUGCAGCCGCACCACGCCGCCAUGAUCGGGCGCGACCGGAAGUACGGGCACGAAGAGAACAACACCAUCUACUUCCGACGUUUGAUCAGCAGCGGCUUUCCCACGGCGGCCGUGUACUCCGACACCGAACCCGACGUGCCGGUGGCCUACAUUGUGCUGAAAGCCGAAGGCGCUAUCGGCGCAGCGUUCGUCAAGAAAGAGCUACGCAGUAUGGGACUGGCACGGGCCGUAGCGUUUGAGCUGUUCCGGCAGCUGCGGGAGCUGGGCGAGACGUGGGUGUGGGGUGAUGUGAUGAAGUUCAACAUUGCCUCGCAGCGGACGGUGGAGGCCGGCGGCGGAAAAAAGAUCGAAGGGAUGGAUAUACACUGGAUUGGGUAUCUGCCCAAUUCGGUAGAGGGCGAGAUCAGAGUGGAAUAUUACGUUUAAUGUUAAUAACACUUACUCCCUUCUUUGUACAAAGCCGCAGCUACGUAUUGCCCACUGUUUAAUUAAACAUGAAUGUGGCAUACAACUUCCAUCGCUGUUAAAUGUGGUCGUUUACAAUACCUAGUAAAGCCUUAAACUGGGGUUCAUGCCACACCACUGUACUU